UCAUCCCGUUCGUACGUCGGGAAAUUGGCGAGUAAAAAUGUGCGGAAAGUUACCAAAGAUCGUUUGGAUUUUGUUAGGACUAUUGGGAGAGAAAAGUUUCUGUUGUUUCCUGGAGAAAUCCGCGAAAAAUGCGGAGGACUUAGAGGAAAGACUAAACAUGUCGCAAAUUGUUUUUCGCGGUUACAUGUCGUUGCCGGUUUUCGUUACUAAUAAUAAAAAAGAACAUGGAAUCGAACAUUCGGCUUUCGAUGUACUUAAUGUUUACAAGUCUGAACAUGAAUUGGGAUUUCGACAAGUAAAUAUAACAUUCGAAGGGAACGACAUUACGCUGGAAGAUUGCGCUGACGGCCCAAUCCUAGAUUUCAUUGUGUUUUGCAAGAGGAGGGAGGACAUCGUUUCAGGGCUUUCGUUAAUCAAAUGGAGCGAAAAGGAAGAGGAAAACAUCUGGAAAACGUUAGGUUGGAGCAAUUGGUCUGAUUGGUCAUCUUGCUCGAUUUCUUGUGGAUCAGGGAUACAGAGACGUACUAGAAGAUGUUUCAGAAAACAGUGCUUCGGUUAUAAUAUAGAAGAGAGACAGUGCAACCUGUUCGAAUGUAACGGCCUGGUGAAUCCCCUCGAAAUUGGCAAGAGCAAAUUUUUCCACCCUUCGAAGAACAGCUGGCAACACUAUUCAGAUCGACCGAACGCGUGGAACUUCAAACUCGAUUCGUACAUGUGGAUACCAUCUCCCGAUAUGUUUCCUUUCGUGGACGGAAGAUGGCUACCGAAACAAUUUGCCCUGUUCGUCACAUUGAGAACCGCCCGAGGAGGUGAGAUACAGAACAAUUUUGGCACCGUUCUUAGUCUACGAUCGAAAAGAAGGCAGGAUACUUAUUUUUCAUUGGAAGUCGCAGGACCGGACAUCAAGAUUGUGCUUGCCUCAUCGAACGGAACCGAUGUAAUCAGAAUACCAAUGACCAUGUCCGACGGUCUUUGGCAUCAAGUUGCAAUUGGAUUAAGAAACGACAGCAUUCUAGACAUAUACGCGGAUUGCGCAUGGGCUACAACGAUUGUGCUCGGGAAAAGUUCAAUAGGCAUCCCUGGGGAUUCGGAUUUAAUAAUUGGAUAUCUUUUUACGGGCGACAUCGAGCAAGUAUCGAUUGCCAGCGACGCGACACUUGUAGGACUGCAGUGUUCGAAAGUAAAAACUUCUGUUGCUGACAACAAAAGAAGUGUUCUGGGCGAGAGGGUGAGUGCACUAACUUUUUUUUUCUUCAACUUUCAGAAACCACUUUAUCGAGUACCUUUUGACAACCAAGUUGCCUUUUAAUGGCGUCAGAAACCGAAAGCCUAUCAAGGAAGAAUGUAACAGAACACAAAAAGGGUUUUGUCUUUUAGAAAUG